GUCGCCGCCGCCGGCAUGUCCCGCGGCGGCGUCUUCCUCGGUGUUGACGUCGGCACCGGCAGCGCUCGCGCAGGCCUGUUUGAUGAGAAGGGUAAGUUGCUGGGUUCGGCGAGCAGCCCCAUACAGAUGUGGAAAGAGAGAGACUGCAUAGAGCAAUCGUCGACGGAUAUCUGGCUUGCGGUGUGUGCUGCUGUAAAAUCUGCGUGCUCUCUGGCAAGCGUUGCCCCUGAGGAUGUCGUCGGCCUUGGCUUCGCUGCUACUUGCUCCCUUGUUGCUGUUGACGCUGAUGGUUCCCCUGUUUCGGUUUCUUGGAGUGGUGAUGCAAGAAGGAACAUCAUCGUGUGGAUGGACCAUAGAGCUGUCGAUCAGGCUGAUCGAAUUAAUGCUCGCAAUUCCCCGGUGUUGCAGUACUGUGGUGGGGGUGUCUCCCCAGAAAUGCAGGCCCCAAAGCUUUUGUGGGUAAAGGAAAAUCUGCAAGAGUCUUGGUCUAUGGUAUGUAGAUGGAUGGACCUUAGUGACUGGUUAGCAUACAGAGCGACUGGUGAUGACACCCGCAGCUUAUGCACAACAGUUUGCAAAUGGACAUAUCUUGGACAUGCACACAUGGGGCAGUGGAAGGAAUCAGAUUCACGUGAUAUGGAAGCAUGUGGAUGGGAUGAAGUGUUUUGGGAAGAAAUAGGCUUGGGAGAACUUGUGGAAGGGAAUCGUGCGAAAAUAGGGCGCAGUGUUGCGUUUCCGGGCCAUCCUCUAGGUUCCGGUUUGACACCUGCUGCUGCAAAGGAGUUAGGCUUGCUUCCUGGGACACCUGUUGGAACUUCCCUCAUUGAUGCUCAUGCCGGUGGUGUUGGAGUGAUGGAAAGUGUACCAGAUGCAGAAUCUAAAGCUGACUUGCCUGAUGAAGAAGAAAUAUGCCGUCGCAUGGUCCUGGUAUGUGGGACAUCUACAUGCCAUAUGGCUGUUUCAAAGAAUAAACUAUUUAUCCCUGGUGUCUGGGGGCCAUUUUGGUCUGCGAUGGUUCCUGAGUAUUGGCUCACGGAAGGUGGACAAAGUGCAACUGGUGCUCUGCUUGAUUACAUUGUUCAAAACCAUGUUGCUGCUCCCCUUCUAGCUAAUCAUGCUGCUUCUCAAAGCGUCUCCAUAUUUGAGCUGAUGAACAAGUUAUUAUUUUCGAUGUCACAAGAACAAAAUAUGCCCUUUCUUUCUGCCUUGAGUCAAGAUACCCAUGUCCUUCCAGAUUUUCAUGGAAAUCGGUCCCCUGUUGCUGAUCCAAAAUCCAAAGGAGUGAUUUGUGGCUUGACACUUGAUACAAGUGAAAAGCAGCUAGCGCUUCUGUACCUAGCAACGAUUCAGGGUAUUGCGUAUGGAACUCGUCAUAUUGUGGAGCAUUGCAAUGCUCAUGGACACAAGAUCGACACUCUUCUUGCUUGUGGUGGACUUGCAAAGAACUCCUUGUAUAUCCAGGAACAUGCAGAUAUCAUCGGAUGUCCAAUAAUACUUCCUAGAGAGAACGAGUCAGUGCUUUUAGGCGCUUCUAUACUCGGUGCUGUGGCUGCAAAGAAGUUUUCAGGCGUUCGCGAUGCAAUGAAGUCACUGAAUGCAGCAGGAAAGGUAGUGCAUCCGUCUUCGGAUCCCAGGGUGAAGAAAUAUCACGAUGCCAAAUAUCAGAUAUUCAGGUCCCUGUACGAGCAACAGCUCUCUUAUCGCUCAACCAUGGCACAAGCAUUGCAAUAGGGACAUGUAACCACUGAGCUGGGUACUUCACUCUUGGUCCGGAAUACCCUUGGUUUAUUUAUACUUGUAAAAAACAUCCAGUCAGUGAUGGAAUCAGUGAUACGGUGCCUAUGAGUCACAAAAGUAGAGCAAAUUGAACCUUUGUCAUGGAAUGGCUGUAUAAACCACAAAGUUUCUGUGAAAUUAUAGUGAGUUUGAUUAA